AUGGCUUCCUUAUUAUAUAGAACUUUUGGCUAUGAAGUUGCAUCCUUUAUAAGCGGUUUGUUUGCGCAUCCAACUCAUCAUAAUAAUCACAAACAUAAUAAGAAGUUCAACAUGCCAAAGGGUCGACCGAUUUCGUUACAGACAGUUGAGCUGAAAGUAAGGAUGUGUUGCACAGGUUGCGAAAGAGUUGUUAAGAAUGCGGUCUACAAACUCAAAGGCAUAGAUUCUGUGAAAGUGGACUUAGAGAUGGAAAGGGUAACGGUUAUCGGAUACGUUGAGAGGAACAAAGUGCUUAAGGCAAUUAGAAGAGCUGGAAAACGAGCUGAAUUUUGGCCUUAUCCUAAUCCACCACUUUACUUCACAUCAGCUAGUAAUUACUUCAAAGAUACAACCAAUGAGUUUAAAGAAAGUUACAAUUACUACAGACAUGGUUACAAUCUUCCAGAUAGGCAUGGGACCAUUCAUGUCACUCAACGUGGUGAUGACCAAGUUAGCAACAUGUUUAAUGAUGAUAAUGUUCAUGCUUGUUCUCUCAUGUAA